UCUUGCGCCCAGGCUGGUCUCCGGCGUGGGAAAGAGCCUGGAGGAGCAGUCCGCGCCGCUCCGGGAGCCGCGCCUGCAGAAGCCGGGCAAGGAGGGAGGGAGGAAGCCCGUGGGGAACGUGCUGCAUCCGGAUCAGCGUCAGUGGCUGCUCCUCGGUUGCCGGGAUGAAGCGCCCUUGCGAGGAAACGACCUCCGAAAGCGACAUGGACGAGACCAUCGACGUGGGGAGCGAGAACAAUUACUCUGGGCACAGUACAAGCUCAGUGAUGAGGUCAAAUUCACCAACAACCACCUCUCAGAUCAUGGCAAGAAAGAAAAGGAGAGGGAUCAUAGAAAAAAGGCGCCGGGAUCGAAUAAAUAACAGUCUAUCUGAAUUGAGAAGACUGGUGCCAACCGCUUUUGAAAAACAAGGAUCUGCCAAGUUGGAAAAGGCUGAAAUAUUGCAAAUGACAGUGGAUCAUUUGAAGAUGCUUCAGGCAACAGGGGGCAAAGGCUACUUUGAUGCCCAUGCUCUCGCCAUGGACUUCAUGAGCAUUGGAUUCCGAGAGUGCCUUACAGAAGUGGCUAGGUACCUGAGCUCCGUGGAAGGCCUUGACUCAUCGGAUCCACUGCGCGUGCGCCUGGUCUCUCAUCUCAGCACCUGUGCCUCCCAGCGGGAGGCAGCAGUGAUGACAUCCUCCAUGGCCCACCACCAUCAUUCCCUGCACCCACACCACUGGGCAGCAGCUUUUCACCAUCUCCCCACGGCCCUGCUCCAACCCAACGGACUCCACGCAUCGGAGUCAACCCCAUGUCGCCUAUCCACAUCUUCAGAAGUGCCUCCUGCCCACGGCUCUGCCCUCCUCACAGCGACGUUUGCCCAUGCAGAUUCUGCUCUUCGAAUGCCAUCGACAGGCACCAUCGCACCCUGUGUGCCACCUCUCUCCACCUCUCUCCUGUCUCUUUCGGCCACGGUGCAUGCCGCAGCCGCAGCUGCCACCGCAGCGGCUCACAGCUUCCCUCUGUCCUUCGCAGGCGCCUUUCCCGUGUUGCCUUCCAACGCAGCGGCAGCAGCCGCGGUUGCUGCUGCAACAGCGAUCAGCCCACCCUUGUCAGUGUCCACAGCCUCCAGUCCUCAGCAGACAAGCAGUGGAACAAACAGUAAACCUUACCGACCCUGGGGGACAGAAGUUGGAGCCUUUUAAAUUAUUAUUGAAUUUCUUUGCAAUAGUAACUGAUGUCCUUCAUUUCAGAAUCAGCUUCAAACCUCUGCAGCCUAAAGGUAGCCAUACAGGUACCUGCAGACCCACACAACAAUAAAGAGAUCUGAGAAGCAAGCCACAUACAUGGAAAGUAGUAUUAUAUUUUUUUCCUUUGUUUAAGGCAGCUUGGCAACUGACAUCAGAACUUUAAAGUAUUUCCAUUUAAACUUUCCUGGAAGAUAUAUGGAUGUCACCAUCCAGAGGUGCAUUAAAACAUCUGACUUGGAAAAGAAAAAUGUCAUAACUAGUUCUCCUGAAGCUAGAAGGGAGAAAAAAUAUAUAUACCAUAUUUUCUAAGUGCCUGAGCUAAAGAAUGUGUCGCACAUAAUGAAAAGGGCGUAAUUAUUCGCUUAAGAAAGCGAGGGAGCAGACAACACGUGUUGGGCUGCAGACACACAGUAUUCUGUUGAAACCAAGCAGUUUUAUUGGCCAGAAAGAUUGUUGAAAAUUAAGUUGAAAGACCUAGUUUUAAUGUUUGCUUUCUUUAUAUAGACUUGCCAAGCAGUGACAUUUAGCAAUGCACUUAAAGAAACAAGAAUUCCACCAGUGUCCACGUUAACAAGCAUUUCUGCUUUGCCUUCAAGCUCCCAUCCUCUGGUGAGCCAUAGUUUAAGACACAAUACUUCUUUAUGUAAACUUACAGCCGUACAGUGCACCCAGAAGCAGUUACCUACUGUGUGCCCACCAGAGGUUCAUUUACACCAACUCAAAGUCUCUUUGAUUUGUAAGAGUUUGGAUUAAUUUAUUCAGUUUCAUUUGGACUAUGUUUAUAUUUAACUUCUUCAGCUCUCUCCUGACAUGUGAUGUCUGUUCCUGUCCCUUUUGGGGGGGAUGAUGCAUUUCUGGAGCUAAUGAGAUAAAGAAAGAAAUGGAAGAGAAAAGCUACAUGAUUUAAAUGCCCUUCGUCAAUUUAAAAAUUGCGUUUGAUCCCAAAUCACAAUGAAUGUGUACACUGAGGUAUACAUAAAUUAUUUUUGUCUAUGCCUAGACUAGUGCUACAUAAUGGUGUUUUGGUUUGGAUUUUUUUUAAAAAAUCUUGUUUAAUGACAAAAUAAUCUCUUAAUACAUGGAAAUUAAGCACAUGAGCUUUUAUAUUUCAAAGGCAAAGACACAGCAUGUAUUCUUAUGCACUUCGUUUCUCUGCUGUGUGGAGAAAGCAAUAAACAAGAGAAUGUUGAACAUUAUGCAAAGUUGUACUCAUAAGUAUUUGUUUUAAAAUUACUGUACCUAGUCUUCUCUGCAUUACUUUGUAAUCUUUUUCUAUGCAAAAAGUCUACAUAUCACUAAUUAAAUGAAGUUCUUUUUGACUACUUCCCCUGGAUGAGUUGCUUUUCAGAGUGGCAAGGUGGGCUUGCCUUUCCUGUGAGGCCCUUCUUUUACUGACUCUUUGAGCCAUCGCUUUAUGUCAUGUAUUUCAAAAUCGUUGACUGAUGCAAUUCACAUCUUCCUUUAAAAUAAACUUCAUGGAGGUUGGUUAUAGAUUUAAAACAUGGGUAGGAAUUGCAAAGGCAAAAGGCGGUCAUCUUCCUCUGCCUUGCGUUGACUAUUUAUUUAUUUACAGACAGGGUCUCACUGUGUAACCCACACUGGCCUGGAAUGUGCUGCAUAGCUUAGCUUCACCUGAAAACCAAGAUCCUGCUGCCUCAGACUCUCAACAAGUAGUUU